UGAGCUGGGCGCUGUAGCAAAGCACCCGGAGCAGCGAGGCGCAUGUUGUCUCCGCAUUUUGCAAGACAGGAAACGAGAGAAGCAGAGAGACAGAACCAGUGAAGGCACUUUGUCAUCCUUAGCUCUCACAACAUAGCAGUCAAUCAGAGAGGAAACAGGCGAGGUCUCCUAUGAAGGGAUUUUAAUUUUGAUUGAUGCAUCCUUGAGAGAAAAGACAGAAAUUGAAUGUGAAAUGGGCACCGAGGAGAAAGAUCUAGAGCCUGCAGCUCAACAACCACCGAAGGAACAGGGGUCACCGGGGAAGGAAAAGGAUUCUCCUGUGGAGGGACAGACCCCUGAGACCCCCGACCCCCUGAACACGUACAAGUGGCACACCGGCUCGAAGGGAGCGCUGGAUGAAGUGAAAGAAGAUGGAGAAGGAGCAGCAGCUUCUGCCACAUCCACACUAGACAGGAUUCAGAAGGCCUCCACCAACAAAUGGAGCAAGAUGCAAAACUGGCGCAAGGCCCUGAGCGAAGACCCCGGAGACAAGCACGGGGGGAAAGGUGGAGAGGGGGCCAAGCCGGAGAAAGGCCCCAGGAAGAACCCCUUCAGAAGAGCUCUGUCUGAGCCCCCGGGGUCCCUGUUCGCUGCCCUGUCCCCCUCCUCCACUUCUAGCCCCCAACCUCAUGCAGCUUCAGCAUCUGCUGCAGCAGAGAGCUCAGGGGUCACCUCCCCGGACCCCGCACAGAGAGCAGGCGGGGGGGCCCUCCUGAAAAAGUACCUGAGGACUGUGUCCCAGAAGCUGAAGAGGCCCAGGCUGCAGAGUCGGAACAGCACCCCGUCACUACUGCAAGGUGUGGGUGGGGUUGGACCCGCUGAACUCCUAAGACAACAAUGGGCCCCGCACCAGGAGGUGCCCUUAUGGGACAUUAGCAGCUGUAUUCUUGAAGAUGGACAAAUUAUCAUAUCUCCAGAGGAAGAGCCAACGAUGUGGACCCGAAACCGUAUCAGCAGCUUCCUGUCGGCACACAGCAUGCAGAACCUCGCAGAUAUGGAAACAGAAUGUAGCCCUGACCACGUGGGGUCACCGGGCGGCCCACGACCCAAGAACCAAGAUGGCGGUGUCAGGGCGUUGAUCAAGCGACGUCUUGAGAACAGGGCCAAGAGGAAUAGCACCACCCAACUGAACCCCAUAGGUCUAAAAGGAAGCAGGCACUAUGGUUCUCGGGAGUCUGUGUCAAUUCCAGUCAGCGCAUUGGGGAGUCUAGAUCUGAGUGCAGACACCAACACUGUCAUCAGGCCGGUCCACAGCUCCAUUUUGGGGGAGAAGUACUGCUUUGAGGUGAUAAACUCUGAGAACACCCACUGCUUUGGCUGCUGCUCAGCUGCCCAACGUGAUCGUUGGAUUGAAGACUUGAGAAGGGUUGCCCAGCCAAACAAGGAUAACAUCGAGCGCACAGAGAACUCCUUGUGUCUUUGGAUAAAUGAAGCUAAGGAUCUGCCUCCCAAACGGAGUUAUUACUGUGAGUUGCACCUAGACGGUACCCUGUUUGCCCGGACCAGCAGCCGGAUUGUUGAUAAACCGUCUCACCGCUCCAACGUGGCAGGGGACAACUCUUCUGGGUUUUCAGGAGGCAUCGGGGCAAGUGCAGCUGGAGGGUGUCAGUUAUUUUGGGGGGAAUUCUUUGAGCUAGACAACCUGCCAUGUGUCUCCCAAAUCACCCUGCACCUCUUCAGAGAAGAAGACCCCAAGAAAAAGCGCCACUCCCGAGAUGAAUCCAGCCUGCACCCACUGGGCAGUGUGGCCAUACCUUUACCUGAGAUCCGAGGGAGGACCUAUCAGGAGAAGUGGUAUCCCAUUACUCCAUACAAGUCCUCUGGCACAGCUGGGACCAAAGAACAGCUGGGGCCACAGGCUUCACUCCGCAUCAAGGCCCGUUUUCAGAACUUGCAAGUGCAGCCCAUGGAGAAAUACAAAGAGUUUGCUGAGUAUGUGACGGUGGAUUAUGUUGAGAUGUGCAGAAACCUGGAACCUCUGCUGAAUGUGAAGGAGAAGGAAGAGCUGGCAGGGGCUCUGGUCCAUGUACUGCAGAGCAUUGGCAAAGCUAAGGAGUUCCUCCUUGAUCUGGGCAGUGCGGAGGUGGAGCGUCUUGGAGAGAGGGAGGCAUUGAUCUUCAGAGAGAACACAUUGGCCACUAAAGCCAUAGAUGAAUAUAUGAAGCUGGUUGGACAGAAGUACCUGAUCGUCACACUAGGGGACUUCAUCAACCGUCUUCACACCUCCGUGGAGAACUGUGAAGUUGACCCUCGUAAAUGCUCUGCCUCUGAAUUGCCAAACAACCAGAAGCACUUGAUGGAAGCCUGUGAGGAGGUGGUGCAGAAGAUUGUGGAGACCCAUGGACCCUUUCCUGAAGAGUUAAACAAGAUCUUCUCCAGCUGGGUUGAGCUGUGUGAAGACCAGGGCAGACCAGAGAUUGGCCAGCGUCUCAUCUCUGCUUCCCUCUUCCUCCGAUUCUUAUGUCCUGCUAUCCUGAGUCCUUCUCUGUUCGGGCUGACACAGGCUUAUCCAGAGACAAACAUUCUGCGUACCCUCACCUUGACAGCCAAAGUCAUCCAAAAUCUGGCCAACUUCACCCUGUUUGGAGAGAAGGAGGAGUACAUGCUCUUCAUGAAUGAAUUCCUGCAGCAGCACUGGGAUGGAAUGAGGGGUUUUCUACAAACAGUGUCAAAUAUAGAAACAGAAAUCCCAAUGUCUUCCUUCGAUGGCUACGUGGAUCUGCCUCUGCGCUUGGCUGUGCUUCAUGGCCUUCUGGUGGACAUCAUCUACAAGAGACACCAGGACAAAGUUGAAGAGCUGCACCCUCUGCCUUCCAUUUUGAACCAGAUAACAGAGUCACUGGGUCCAGAUGCACAUCGGAUCAUAAUAAACGGCGAAAUGGGACAAGUCAAACCAGUGUAUGUUCCUCCUAAAGACUUGGGCAAGUUCAGCCCUCACCAGUCCUCCCUCCAGCAGCUUCCUGUGGACUCCAAAGGCCCACGAGACGGGGAGGGAAGGACUCGGAGGAGCAUGAGAGAGAGGAAGCCGGUGACCAGAACCCAGAGUGCUCCACACAGACGGCCUGGUCAGGGCAAACACACCCUGAAGAGGCAGACGAGCUCUGAAGAUCUGCCCACCGCUGACAAUGAACCGGACACGGAGACCAACCAACUGUUCAUCUCAUCCCCAAAAACUAGUGACAGUAUCAAACGCACCCCUGCACCAGUUCCAUGGAUCAAAGUCAUGCAGAGCAGGGAGUCCAGUGAGAUGAAGACUGAGACUGAGCACUUCAACUUGCUGGAUAGGCACGCUCAGGAGCUCUCAGAGCUUCGUCUGGGGAUAGAGCAGGUGACAGAGAGCGAGCUGGACAUGGCAAAGCGUUUGGAGGACUUCAUCAUCCAGAGCCAGGACCAGAAUGCAAUGAUGCUGGCUGAGGUGACCGAUCUUCGGAAUCAGCUGGCGAUGAGAGACGAGCAGCUGGCCAGCGCCGCCUUCAGGCUGGGUGUGAUUGAGGAGGAGAGGGAGGAAGAUGAGAGGAAGCUGAGUGUUGCCAUGGCUGCAGCCGAGCGAGUCAAUAUACUGGAGGAGCAGUUUGCAGACAUGCUGAAGGACCUCCACCAGCUCAGCGAGGCCAACAACAGCAGCGGGCAAAACAAAAUACAGCAUCCUGAAAAGCCAUACAUCAACAGCAACUGAAAAGAUUUAGAGCUGCAGUGUCACAUUUUGUGAGAGUGGCUGUCUGAUGUCAGAGUUAUGUUUUCUUGAUGAGAUGUAAAUUGACUUCAUGAACAUAUUUAGAAUGACUGGGCAAACUCCGAAUCAGGUGAAAAUAAACCUGCUUCUUGGCUUUUACUGUAUCCCACUUAAAGAUGUUAUGGACUUGUAAACCUUUCUGAUAAAUAAACGUAUUCUCUCUGAACAUAC